AUGAAACCCCCAUUCCUGGUCCUGUUGCUCCUGCUGGCCUGCACCUCUGGACUGCCCUUCUAUAACGGCUUCUACUACUCCAAUAGCCCUGAGAGCUGGGGCCCUGGCCCCGGCCAUGGCGAAGGUCCCUUCAAUGGAGUGAAGCUGGUGGUGGAGACAGCUGAGGAGACGCUGUUCAGUCACCGAGGGGCCAAUGUGACCCUGCCAUGUCACUACCGGUAUGAGCCAGCCCUGGCCUCCCCCAGGCACGUGCGUAUCAAGUGGUGGAAGCUGUCAGAGAACGGGGCUCCGGAGCAGGAUGUGCUGGUGGCCAUCGGGCCGAGCCACCGCUCCUUCGGGGACUACCAAGGCCGGGUGCACCUGCGGCAGGACAGGGAGCGUGAAGUCUCCUUGGAGAUCCGGAACCUGCAGCAGGAGGACUAUGGACACUAUCGCUGUGAGGUCAUCGAUGGGCUGGAGGAUGAGAGCAGCGUGGUGGAGCUGGAGCUUCGGGGUGUGGUCUUUCCCUACCAGCCCCGCCAGGGGCGCUACCGGCUCAACUUCCACGAGGCCCAGAGGGCCUGCGAGGAGCAGGGUGCGGGUCUGGCCUCCUUCGAGCAGCUCUUCCGGGCCUGGGAGGAGGGCCUGGACUGGUGCAACGCGGGCUGGCUACAGGACGCCUCGGUGCAGUACCCCAUCACGCUGCCCCGGCAGCCCUGCGGAGGGCUGGGCUUGGCGCCCGGUGUGCGCAGCUAUGGUCGGCUCCACCGCCGCCUGCAUCGCUACGAUGCCUUCUGCUUCGCCGCUGCCCUGAAGGGUCGGGUGUACUACUUGGAGCAUCCUGAGAAGCUAACACUGACAGAGGCAAAGGCAGCCUGCCAGGAGGACGGCGCCCAGAUGGCCAAGGUGGGCCAGCUCUUUGCUGCCUGGAAGUUCCGGGGACUGGAUUGCUGUGAUGCUGGCUGGUUGGCAGAUGGCAGCGUCCGCUACCCAGUGGCUCACCCCCGUCCCAACUGUGGGUCCCCUGAGCCUGGCGUCCGAAGCUUCGGCUUCCCAGACCCACAGAACCACAAGUAUGGUGUCUACUGUUACCGCCAGAGCUAG